AUGAAUGGUUGGGUUACUACUUUUGUUAUUAUUCAAGGUAUGAAUACGACGUUCUUUUUAAGUAACCAGAUUCCUAAAGAAGAUAGAGCUCUCGGAGCCACCGAGUUUGCAGAAGAGGUUCCUGGACUGUUGAAGGUCCUUGGAAUGGUAUGGAAUCCGGUAAAAGAUGAAUUUUCUUAUAUUACCAAGCUGUCUGAAAAUAUCAUGACAAAACGUGGAGUUCUUUCGUCAGUCGUUCGACUAUUUGACCCGUUGGGUUUUCUCGCCCCCAGUAUUUUUUUGGCGAAAUCAAUUAUGCAGCUGUUGUGGAAGGAGAAAUGUGGCUGGGACGAUGCUCUACCAGCGGAGAUUCAACGUCAAUGGUUAUCCUUUGUCAGUCAAUUACCGUCUUUUUCAGAUGUCAAAAUUCCUCGUUCAAUUAUUGCACCACCUAAUGCCCGUGUCCAACUACUUGGUUUUAGUGAUGCGUCAUUGAAAGGUUAUGCGGCUCUUGCCUACCUACGUGUGGUGGACGAUGAUAGUAUUGUGCAUGUAUAUUUUCUUGGAGGUAAGACGAAAUUAGCUCCUAUAAAGUCUAUGUCAGUCCCACGGCUUGAGUUAUGUGCAGCUGCAUUAUUGGCUCGUUGGCUGGCUAGAUGGAAGACAAUUUUGAGUGAUCGGUUUGUAAUCAAGGAAAUAUUUGCUUGGACUGAUUCUACUAUAGUUCUCUCUUGGUUAACAACGCCUCAAGUUAAAUUUAAAAUUUUUGUCACAAACCGAAUUGGACAAGUCCGGUCCUUAGUACCUGAAUGUAUUUGGUUAUAUGUGCCGACUCAGAUGAACCCAGCAGAUUGUGCAUCCCGUGGAAUGUUGCCCUCUGAGUUAGUAUUUUGUUCUUUGUAUUGGCAGGGUCCCGAGUUUUUAAGAUGUCCGUCAGCUCAAUGGGAAUGUACUUUUCCUUGUAUUAAUGUUGCAGAAUUACCAGAAAGGAGUGGUUAG